GUGAUCCCUCCCAGAGCUCAUGCAGCACUCUCGAGCGCUCGCAUCGCACAGCUCCUCGUCUGCGUUUUCUGCUCCAAGCUGUCUUAGAAACCUCCGGAACACUUGGACCCCUGCUCUUGUCCAUCGGUUAUGGACAACACUAAGGACAUGCCGAUGCGCGCUGAGGGCGGUCAUAUAGGUACUCUUUCUGCCAAAACUGGCUCCAGGUUGUCGGAAGCUACUGGAGACCCCUCGCGCGAGCAACCGGAUAACCCGAUUCACCAAAACAGCCUAAGCCCCGACUCCGUGCCUUAUUCGAGAAACCUAGUGGAUGAAGCGAUAAAGGGACAUCGUAGCGCAAAGUGCAGAGAUGUGACACUUGCUUACAAGCCCUCUGCGCCGGACAGGGAGUUGACAGACAUCCCUAACAAAGAGGCCAGCAGCUCAGAUGCAGAAUCAGACCUGUAUGAGGAAAUAGAUGUCAGCUGUACCCCCGAGAGCAUGGAAUACCCGAGUGGACAAGGUCUGGAAACGGGCUCGCCGAACCAGGGAAAAGAAAUAGGCGUGGACAGCAGUAAAGUGGGUUCUGGCCCAGGGGUUCUCAACUAUGGUUCUGACCAGAUGCGACGGUAUCGAACAGCAUUCACGAGGGAGCAGAUAGCGCGACUGGAGAAAGAGUUUUACCGGGAAAAUUACGUGUCCAGGCCACGUAGGUGCGAGUUGGCGGCUUCCUUAAAUUUACCAGAAACAACCAUAAAGGUAUGGUUUCAGAACCGUCGCAUGAAGGACAAGAGACAGCGACUGGCUAUGACUUGGCCGCAUCCUGCAGACCCCGCCUUUUACACCUAUAUGAUGAGCCAUGCUGCAGCCACGGGCAGCCUGCCCUAUCCAUUUCCAUCACAUCUUCCUCUACCUUACUACUCUCCUCUCAGCGGUGUGACUGCAAGUUCAGCCUCUGCCACCGGGGGUCCAUUUUCUAACCCUCUGCGCUCGCUGGACAGUUUUCGGGUUCUUUCGCAUCCAUAUCCGCGUCCUGAGCUGCUGUGUGCUUUCAGACACCCGUCACUGUACCCCAGCCCGGGUCACGGGCUCGGUCCCGGGGGAAGCCCAUGCUCCUGCCUUGCCUGUCAUGCUGCCAGUCAGUCAAAUGGUCUCCCACAGAGGUCCAACAGCGCAGAUUUUUCGUGCUCGCCAACGACCAGGACUGAGGCCUUCCUCACGUUCUCGCCAGCAGUCCUAAGUAAAUCAUCUUCAGUCUCUUUGGACCAAAGGGAGGAAGUGCCACUGACCAGAUAAGACAACAACAAAAGGUUACGGAUUCUUUGAGUGCUAUCUGGAUCAGCUUUGGUGACUUUUGGCAAUAUUUAAUAAGUUAACGCAUGAACGACCCAAAGCACAAUGCACAACCCAAAGGCAACCUGCUUAGAUAAUGUUUCAAACUGUAUGUUUUCCAGUUAAGAAGCUAUUUAUUGUGCAAACAGAGCCUACUUUUAACACUGAUAAGCCACAGACUUCAAGUUGAAAAUAAUCUUUAGAGAAAGUAGAUCAUAAGAGAGAUAUCAUAUUGAAGCAAAUAAAUCUUAAUUACUUCCUAUCAACAAAAUGUGGUAUAAGAAAUGUAUUUGAAAAAGUCUGAAUGAAUGCACAAAAGCUUUCUCAAAAUGUAUACUCUCUUACCCGUACAAACUGACCCACAUGCAGUUUCUUUCAUAUUAAAACGAUGUUUUUCAUCUUACUUUUUAACAAGGGGAUUUGUUAACCGAGCACUGUUGGCUCAUUAUUUCUCCUCCACGAACAUCCGGUCCCGGUAGCACAAUGAAAUGUGCAGAUGCGAGAGAAAUUAAGGAGUGAUGUAUUCGGAAGGGAGAAAUUUUGAAUGUUGAAUUAAUGAUAAUGCUGCACGCUCAGAGACUUGUCUGCCAAACCGGUAACAAGGCGCCAGGGGAGCGGAUUAAGAGGCUCCAUGCGAGGCUUGCUGGUUUGACGGGAGAAGAUGCGCUAAAGAUCCGUUGGACAAUCACAUGCGGCAAAUUGGGGCAAACCUGAGAUGCAUCUCACUGCAUACCAUCAGCUGAAUGCUUUUACCCCAACACCUCCAUCCCGUGCAAUCUCCUCACAUUCUUGCUUUCGCUUCACCUUAUUUCAGGCAGUUGAUAAUAAACAUACAAGAUGGCAAAAAAAAAAAAAAAAA